AAAAAAACCAAAAUAUCAAAUUUUAUGGAACAGAAGGAGUAGUUAAUAAUAAUGUCGAUCGGACUAUCCCUGUCUUGUUUUAAUGCUACAAGGACCUUUGGAAAAAUAAAAUGUGGUAGAGAUUUCAGAUGGCUCUUUGAUAUGGUGGAAAUUUCAAAUGGCUCUUUAAUGUGGUGGAGAUUUAAGAUAGCUCUUUAACUUAAUGUGAUGAAAAAUAUAAUAUUUGGAUCAUUAUACCACCAAAGUCCACACACGAGUUCUCUAUUUUUGUUUCAUCCUCUUUUAGUCGCUGGUUUGGCCUCAAUGAAUAAUGUAGUGGAGACUUUUACACAAUGCGUACAACGUGAAGAAGACUUGGUAGAAAUACUGGUUUAAUUUAUCUCUAUUUUGUAUAUAAAGACAUGAAUAUGAAACCAUGUUAUCAUCACAAUCUCCUUUUCUUGCUUUUUCAUUAUUGAUAUUCAAGAAACUAAGAAAAAGAAGAAAAACAACACUUCGAAAAAAUGAUGAAAGGCUAUAUUACUCUUUCUUUUCUUAUCAUUCUCAUUUUUAAUUUCCUUGACGAGUUUGCGGCUUCUACUAGACACUUGUGUGAUCCUGAUCAAAGUGAUGCAAUUCUCGAAUUCAAGAACGAGUUUGAGACUUUGGAGGAAUCUUGUUUUGACAGCAAUAUUCCUCUGAAGACGGAGUCAUGGACGAAUAACAGUGAUUGUUGUUAUUGGGAUGGUAUCAAAUGUGAUGCCAAGUUCGGGGAUGUGAUCGAGCUAGAUCUUAGCUUUAGUUGCCUCCGUGGCCAGCUCAAUUCCAAUAGUAGUCUUUUUAGGCUUCCACAACUUCGUUUUCUAACCACUCUUGACCUUUCUAAUAAUGAUUUUAUUGGUCAAAUCCCAUCUUCACUUGAAACCCUCUCUAAUCUCACCACUCUAGACCUUUCUAGAAAUCAUUUCAGUGGUAGAAUUCCUUCUUCGAUUGGAAACCUUUCUCAUCUCAUAUUUGUUGACUUCUCUCAUAACAAUUUUAGUGGUCAAAUCCCAUCUUCACUUGGAUAUCUUUCGCAUCUCACCUCUUUUAACCUUUCUUAUAACAAUUUUAGUGGUAGGGUUCCUUCUUCAAUUGGAAAUCUCUCUUAUCUCACCACUUUGCGCCUCUCUCGUAAUAGUUUUUUUGGUGAACUUCCAUCUUCACUUGGAAGUCUUUUCCAUCUCACCGAUUUGAUCCUCGAUACUAACCAUUUUGUUGGUAAAAUUCCGUCUUCACUUGGAAAUCUUUCGCAUCUCACCUCUAUCGACCUCCACAAAAAUAAUUUUGUUGGCGAAAUACCAUUUUCACUUGGAAAUCUUUCUUGUCUCACCUCUUUUAUCCUCUCUGAUAACAACAUUGUUGGUGAAAUUCCAUCUUCUUUUGGCAAUUUGAACCAGUUGGACAUCUUAAAUGUUAAGUCCAAUAAGCUUAGUGGCAGCUUCCCAAUUGCACUACUAAAUCUAAGAAAACUGUCAACAUUAUCUCUCUUUAACAAUCGGUUAACCGGAACACUUCCUUCUAACAUGAGUUCACUCUCCAACUUGAAGUUGUUUGACGCAACGGAAAACCAUUUCACGGGACCUCUCCCUUCUUCCCUUUUCAACAUUCCCUCUUUGAAAACUAUUACUUUGGAAAAUAACCAACUUAACGGUAGUCUUGGGUUUGGGAAUAUAUCCUCAUACUCGAAUUUAACUGUGUUACGCCUUGGGAAUAACAACUUUAGAGGGCCAAUCCAUAGAUCUAUAUCCAAAUUAGUCAACCUUAAGGAACUUGACCUUUCAAACUACAACACCCAAGGGUUAGUUGACUUUACCAUCUUCUCGCAUCUCAAGUCUAUCGAAUACCUUAACCUCUCCCAUUUGAACACCACUACUACGAUUGACAUGUACGAGAUCUUAUCAAGUUUCAAGUUAUUGGAUACACUAGAUCUCUCAGGCAGCCAUGUUUCUACUACAAACAAGAGUUCACUUUCUAAUUCUUCAUUGGUAUUGAUAAGUCAGUUGUACUUGUCGGGAUGCGGUAUCACCGAGUUUCCAAAGUUCCUAAGAUCCCAAGAGCUUAUGCUGACUCUAGACAUUUCCAACAACAAGAUCAAAGGUCAAGUGCCUGGAUGGUUAUGGAUGCUCCCUGUUUUGAACUACGUGAAUCUUUCCAACAACACUUUCAUCGGUUUCGAAAGAUCAACGAAACUUGGACUCACCUCUAUCCAAGAACCACCAGCUAUGAGGCAAUUGUUUUGCUCCAACAACAAUUUCACGGGAAACAUUCCAUCUUUCAUAUGUGAGUUGCCUUAUCUCAGCACUCUCGAUUUUUCUAACAACAAAUUCAAUGGUUCAAUUCCUACUUGUAUGGGAAAUAUUCAGUCUCCAUAUCUUCAAGCUCUAAAUCUUCGACAUAAUCGUCUUAGUGGACUUCUUCCAGAGAAUAUAUUUGAGAGUCUAAUUUCUCUUGACGUCGGCCAUAACCAACUAGUGGGAAAGCUUCCAAGAUCGUUAAGUCAUAUCUCUUCCCUUGGACUUCUGAAUGUGGAGAGCAACAAAAUCAGUGAUACGUUUCCUUUAUGGUUGAGUUCUCUACAAGAGCUACAAGUUCUUGUCCUUCGCUCCAAUGCAUUUUAUGGACCAAUAGAGAAAACACAGUUUUCUAAGCUGCGAAUCAUUGACAUAUCCGGUAAUCAAUUCAAUGGUACGUUGCCAGCAAAUUUCUUUGUCAACUGGACUGCAAUGUUUUCACUGGACGAAAAUGAAGAUCAAUCUAACGGAGAGACCAUGAGCAACAUGUACAUGAGUACAGAUUAUUUCUACUUUGAUUCAAUGGUUUUGAUGAAUAAAGGAGUAGAGAUGGAGCUGGAACGUGUCCUAAAAGUCUUCACAGUGAUUGACUUUUCGGGAAACAAAUUUGAAGGAGAGAUUCCAAAGUCCAUUGGUUUAUUGAAAGAGCUUCAUGUUCUUAACUUAUCAAACAAUGCUUUAAGUGGCCACAUCGCAUCAUCUAUGGGGAACCUCAUGGCACUUGAGUCACUGGACGUUUCCCAAAACAAGCUUUCAGGAGAAAUUCCACAAGAGUUAGGGAAACUCACGUACCUUGCAUACAUGAACUUCUCUCAUAACCAGCUGGUAGGUCUAUUACCAGGAGGUACUCAAUUUCAAACACAGAAGUGCUCUUCUUUCGAGGACAAUCAUGGCCUUUAUGGCCCUUCGCUUGAGAAAAUUUGUGAUAUCCAUGGGAAAACACCGCAACAAUCUGACAUGGCGCCAGAGCCAGAAGAAGAUGAAGAAGAGGUGAUAAGUUGGAUAGCAGCUGUUAUAGGAUUCAUACUUGGUACUGCCUUGGGAUUGACAUUUGGAUGCAUAUUGUUUUCCUACAAACCAGAUUGGUUCAAGAAUCCUUUCGUCCGAGACAAACGCAGAAACAUAGGCACCAUAACUCAUUAGAGAGUUGGAGAAUUUUACACGAAGUAAACAAAGGAACAAAACCGGAAGAAACUUGGGAGGAAAGCAAUCUAAUUUUAAAUAAUCAUUUUUUCUGUCUCCUCCUCCCCCCCCAUUGUUAUGUCUAUGUCCAUUUUUAAAUACAAUGUAAAAAUGAAUAGUAUCAUAAAAAAAUUGUUGAAUACAA